CUGGCAGGGACUCAAACCCUCUGCAUUUGCAUCAGUGGAGGAGCCGAGAGCGGUGGCGCACUGAGACACGGACUGGAGAAAAAAAAACUUAGAUCAACCGCGACUUCUCUGAUUCUCUGCGUUAUUCCUCAAUAUCAUUUUGAUAUUUUCUGGGACUGCCUGUGCUUUUGCUUCACACUGGCCGGAUUUCACUUGUGACAGCGCUGAAUGAGAGGCAGCGGAACGCGGAGGGAGAGCCGGAGAGAUCAGCGGGGAGGAGACUAGUGUGUACGCGGACAUCAGAGCGAGUCUCCGGGCAGCGGCUGUGCGUCUUUGCGCGGUGGGGACCCAGGACCGAAGUGGACUGCGCUGUGUUUCUCCCCCCUGUGUACAAGAAAAGGGGGUGUCGGGGGAGAAAUAACUUGACUUGCUUUUGUGGAGAAGAUCUGUGUCAUUUUGAACAGAAUCGGAGGAAGCCUAUCGGAUCGUACACUCUGCUCCACGCAUGUUGGAAGUGGACAGAGGAGGGCUGCGGGUUUGCGAGUCCUCAACACGCAGCCAAGGAUUACCUCCUGCCCGGGCAUCAUUUGACGGAGUAACAACGCAAUAAUUAAACAAAAGAAAAAGGAGUGGGUGAUUUCUUCAUAUAUCUUGGCUUCUUUGGAGAGGAUAUGGCACGGUGGGCGCUGGAGAGAAGAGCGCAGCCGGCACAGGCGAGAGGAAACAGGAGCUGAAUGACAGGAUGCCAGCGACCUGAGCCCGCACUCAGAUCACUUCCAACUUCGUUCAAAGAGACACUUCUGCUUUAUUUUGCCAAGCUCAGAGGAGGAGAGAAGAAUAUUUGCCCAAAAGAAAACCUGUCGGAGGAGUUUAAUUUCGGAUUUUCCUUUUUCUUUUUUUCUUUUUUAUAUGCGUAAUUUAAUUAUUUUGGUGAGAAAACAAGGAUGCAUUGUGGAUUAGUCUUUCUCCUGUUCAUGGGAAUCCUUUUGGUGGUCAAGGCUUUCAAAAACGAUAAAUGUGGAGGCAACAUCAGAAUCUCAACCGCCAACUACCUCACCUCUCCCGGAUACCCCUUGUCUUACCCGCCUUCUCAGAGAUGCGUGUGGGUGAUAACGGCGCCUGGUCCUCACCAGCGGAUCCUCAUCAACUUCAAUCCGCAUUUCGAUCUGGAGGACCGGGAGUGCAAGUAUGACUAUGUGGAGGUGCGAGACGGUGUGGACGAGAGCGGUCAGCUAGUGGGGAAGUACUGCGGGAAGAUCGCUCCCUCUCCGGUCGUCUCCUCCGGAAACCAGCUCUUCAUCAAGUUCGUGUCUGACUACGAGACGCACGGAGCAGGUUUCUCCAUCCGAUAUGAGAUCUUCAAGACAGGUCCUGAGUGCUCCAGGAACUUCACCUCCAACAGCGGUGUCAUAAAGUCGCCAGGCUUCCCGGAGAAAUACCCCAACAACCUGGACUGCACUUUCAUGAUCUUCGCCCCAAGGAUGUCCGAGAUCAUCUUGGAGUUCGAGAGCUUUGAGCUGGAGCCCGACCCGACGCCCCCUACUGGUGUUUUCUGCCGUUAUGACAGACUAGAGAUCUGGGAUGGCUUCCCUGGAGUCGGUCCUUACGUUGGGAGGUACUGUGGGCAGAACACCCCAGGCAGGAUCAUCUCCUACACAGGCAUCAUGGCACUGACAAUCAACACUGACAGCGCCAUUGCGAAGGAAGGCUUUUCGGCCAACUUCACCGUCAUUGAAAGGACUGUUCCAGAGGACUUUGACUGUAGCGACCCUCUGGGAAUGGAAUCAGGGGAGAUAACAUCAGACCAAAUCAUGGCGUCGUCCCAGUACAACCCUUCCUGGUCCCCCGAGCGCUCCAGACUCAACUACUAUGAGAAUGCGUGGACGCCAGCAGAGGACUUGAACAAAGAGUGGAUACAGGUGGACCUCGGGUUCUUGCGGUUCGUCUCAGCCAUCGGGACCCAGGGCGCCAUUUCCCAGGAGACACGGAAGAUCUACUAUGUCAAGUCCUACAAAGUGGACGUCAGCUCCAAUGGAGAGGACUGGAUCACCUUGAAGGAAGGCUCCAAACAAAAGGUUUUCCAAGGCAACACCAACCCAACAGACGUUGCUAAGACAAUGCUGCCCAAACCCACGCUGACGCGCUUCGUCCGGAUCCGUCCGGUUACCUGGGAAACAGGCAUCGCGCUGCGCUUCGAGGUGUAUGGAUGUAAGAUAUCAGAGUACCCGUGCUCGGGCAUGCUGGGCAUGGUAUCAGGUUUGAUCACCGACAACCAGAUCACUGCAUCCUCGCACACGGACCGGAGCUGGGUACCAGAGAACGCCCGCCUGCUGACCAGCAGGACCGGGUGGACCCUGCUGCCGCAGCCCCAGCCUUUCACCAGCGAGUGGCUGCAGGUGGAUCUUGGCGAGGAGAAGCUGGUGAAGGGGAUGAUCAUCCAGGGAGGGAAGCACCGUGAGAACAAAGUCUUCAUGAAGAAGUUUCGCUUCGGCUAUAGCAACAAUGGGUCCGACUGGAGGAUGGUGUUGGACACCAGCGGGAACAAGCCAAAGAUAUUUGAAGGAAACAGCAACUACGACACACCUGAGCUCAGGACAGUGGAGCCCCUGCUGACCCGUUUUGUCAGGAUUUACCCAGAGAGGGCCACUCCUGCUGGCAUGGGCCUGCGACUUGAGCUCCUGGGCUGCGAGAUUGAAGCUCCCACACUCCCGCCUACCACACUAGUCCCGAGCACCACUCCUUCCGACGAGUGCGACGACGACCAGGCGAGCUGCCACAGCGGCACAGGUGAUGACUACGACGUGACAGGUGGUACCACGAUGCCAGAGACCACUACUGCUGAAGUGGAUACCAUCCCAGCUUUUCUGUGGUUUGCCUGUGACUUCGGCUGGGCCAAUGACCCGUCCUUCUGCAGCUGGACAUCAGAGGACACCGGGUCUAGGUGGCAGAUCCAAUCCAGCGGCACCCCCACUCUUAACACUGGGCCUAACAUGGACCACACAGGUGGAUCAGGGAACUUCAUCUACACCUUGGCGACAAGUCCCCAAGAGACCGAGGUGGCUCGGCUGGUCAGCCCCAUGGUCAGCUCCCCGGACUCAGACCUGUGCGUGUCCUUUUGGUACCACAUGUUCGGGCCGCACAUUGGCACGCUGCAUAUCAAACAGCGCAAACAGACAGUUGACGGACCGGCCGACAUCCUGCUGUGGACAGUCAGUGGUCACCAAGGCAACCGCUGGAGGGAAGGCCGUGUCCUUGUGCCCCGCACUAACAAACCCUAUCAGGUGGUGAUCGAAGGUCUGGUGGAGAGAAAUAGCUGGGGAGACAUUGCUGUGGAUGACAUUAAGGUUCUCAAUGGACUCAGCAUGGGGGAGUGUAAAGAUCCUGACGUACCCACAGAGCCGAUGCUACCAGAAGAUCACAUCAAUGAUAUCCUUGAGGAAAUCACUGAAUACCCAGACUUUGUGGAAACCAAUCAGAUCAGCGGAGCGGGCAACAUGCUGAAGACACUCGACCCCAUCCUCAUCACUAUCAUUGCCAUGUCUGCCCUGGGAGUCUUCCUAGGCGCCAUCUGCGGCGUGGUCUUGUACUGCGCCUGCUCACACGGAGGCAUGUCGGACAGGAACUUAUCAGCCCUGGAGAACUAUAACUUUGAACUAGUGGACGGUGUCAAGCUAAAGAAGGACAAACUUAACGUACAGAGCUCGUACUCAGAGGCGUGAGCUUGGACUGAGUGUGUUCGGUGUGACUGUAUGACGCGCAGAGCUCACAGAGUGCGCACAAGACUUGCUACAGGCAUAUCCUCCCGUAUAUCCACGAGUAGGUAGGCUCAAAGGACUGCCGACGCCCUCAACUUGCUGGAUGAGGGACAGGUUCAGGAACCAAUGGGAGGUUUGGACUGAUCCACGCUUUUCUCAGGAGCUGCAGUAAAAAGAACCUACCAGUAGGGGACACUGUGUACAAAUAAAAUACAGAAAAAAAAUAUGUACAGAUGAUUUAGAUGAUAUUUUAAUUUUCUAUUUUGAUUUUCAUUCAUUUUUACAAUCGGAUGCUGGUGUUGAGACCAAUUUAUUAAUAAUGUUUAAAGUAUUUAUCGUUUUCUGGGAAAGAAAUGGUUUUUUUUAUUAUUAUCAGUUCAUGAAGGCUGUUUAUUUUCAACUUUUGAAAGAGACGUAUCAAAAUCCUAAAUGAACCAUAUCCGGCAAAAACUGUAGAUUUGCCCGUGGCGUGGCAUACAGGGUGUGCCCAUAACCCAUGACCCUGAAACAUGUACCCUUUCCCCUUCGACCUCUGUCACUCUAAAGUGAGGGUCCUAUUCAUGGCAAUGUAUGGUUCUGACAGUGCCUUUAGUACAUUUCGGUUGGCCUCCUCUGUUGAUCCGGGUGUUUUUUACUGUACUUGGCUUAAGUUAUGACGACAGGAAACAGGGGCACAUUAUCUUAUAAAUACCUGCAGAACGGGGUUACAGUCGAUCACAGCGCUUUGUUUUGUUCUUUUGUUGUUUUCUGUCCAAAAACCACACACUGUAAAUAAGUUUUAAUAUAUUUUAUUGCCCUUUUUAAAGAAAGUAAAAAGGAAAAAAGCUGCAGUAUCCCUUUUUUCAUGGGUUUGUUUGUGUGUGUAAAUACAAUCUUCUGACUGUUUUGUGGAAGGUGCAGUGUUACGAUUUUUAAUUUUCAAAUUGCUUUUUACUCAGACGAGUAAGAUUUGUGUGAUAUUACAGUGAUCUCAAUGUGCAUUCAAGCCAUCCGUCAUCAAAAACGCCCAAUUCACGAAAACCACCGAAGGACAAAUGAAUCAGAAGGUAACAAAAAACAAAAAAAAAAGCUAUCACGACGAACUCUUUUUCAAAUAAUCUCAUGUCUUCAUUAUAUCUCAGCUGUGACUGGUCACCAAACAUUCACAUCAAUUGUUAAUGGCAGAGGAGGUGAUUAAAUAUGUCAAAUGUCUGCCAGCAUACCAAAAAAAACCAACAAUCAACAUUGCUUUGCUUCAGCUAACACUUAGCCUAGCCUGUCACCUCCAAACGUCACUGUGGAUUGUUCACUGAAGAAGUGCUAUCUGGACAAUGCAGCUUGAAUGCACUUUGUUACUGAUCCCCUCGUGAUAGGAGCCUAUCAUCAGAGGGGUAAACACACUAACUGAAGAAUGGUGCUAUCAUUACUUUAGCCAGACACGUUUGUCUCAUGAUUAAAAAAAAGAAAAAGAAAGAAACAACCCAGUUUGUAUUGUUCACAUGCUGUAUUGUAGCUUAAGGCCUCUCGGACCGCAAAGAGUUUUUACGUGUUUCACGUGUAGCAGCCAUAACGUUGUGAUGUCAGAGCUGAUGUCAUUAGGAUGGGACACUGGUACAGCGGGGGAUGGAGUGGCGUCACCUGAAUCAGGUCACCUGGCCUCCCCUCCGCGGCUUUACCAAAGGAUGGUUGCCCCCUUCUUGUUCACUGGGGGGUUCUCACUCACACACUAAAGUACUAUAAGACCACGGCUCACCAGUGGUCAUCACUCACAAAGGAACACUUGCUUGAGCGCCAGCAGAGGAAAUCAGGACGACAGGACGCUUGUAGAGAAGAGCAAUGUGUGUUUUUUCUAUCUCUUUUUAAGCUUAAAAGAAGCGCAAAUAUCACCUCAGCGUGAACUCUUCAAAUCUCUGGUGAGACUCUUGUUUGCAGAUGGAUGGAUGGGGUGAUCCCACCACGAGACACGACAAGGGGAAGAGACUCUGUGUGAACUCCCUGUGAGAGCGACAGUAUCAGGACACAAGGGCCCACAGGACCGUAACCCUUUUUUUCCGCACCACAAUCAAACAAUCAAAAACUUGAUCCUGAGAAGGGUGGCGUCUUUUACAUCUGUGUGCUUUGUGUGUCGUGCCGUGGUGAACACAUUCUCAGCUUGUUCUUUUUUCAGAUUUGACCUCCCACUCCUCUUCGACCUCUACACCUUUCCGUCUGCGCUCUCAGCUAUGGAGGACUGUAGUUCCGGCGACGUCUGCUAAACUAGAGAAAAAGGAUACUGUAGCGUGGACUCAAAACAAACAAUGUUGCACUGAUAAAUAUAUUUAAGAGGUUUAUGUGUUUAUAGCGUUCAUUUGCAAAAAAGAAAAACAGAAGAAAUUCAAAAACAAAAAACACGUGUUCAUUUCUUUCAUCUUUUUUAUAUUAUAUAUAUAUAAAUAUAGUUUCAGAUUAUGUGAUAUAAUUCUGAAAUGUAAAAAUAUUAAGAUGUUUUCAUUAUUGAAAAAGGCAUAAAAGAUUUUCCAACAGUAAUGUCCCUCCCUGUCCAUUUACAUGGCAUAUUAACGCUUCGUUUUGUACUGUCAUUCAAAUUUUGUGCAGAUUUUGUUUUGUUUUUUACAAGAACAAGAAAAUAAGACUUUUAUUUUCAAUACUGCUUCUGUAAUUUGCUGUUGUAGGAAAAAAUGAAUAAACAGCAAGGCCUUAAAAAGAAAAGGGAAUAUUUGUGUUGUGAUCCAGAGUCUGAAACGCCACCUCGUCUCAGUCAGAUCGACAUCACAGCUGUGCUGUAAAGGGUUAACCAGCAGCCUCAGGAGCGGCUCUUUGAAGCGACAUCUGCUUUUUGCAUCAAAGUAAUGUGGAAGUACUUUUACAGCAAGACAGUGAUGUAAACAAGAGGGUUUUGUCUCUUCCUGUCUCACAGCCAUCGCUUUCCAAAGAUAUGAAUAAAAGGCAUCUUCAUA